ACUCACCAUGGCGAUCAUGUAAACAGUUCACACUCCAGGUUGUCGGUAAAAUGUGAUACUUCACCUUCUUAUGAGUCAGCGUGUAUUUCUUUUUAGGUGUACACCCAUUACCAAACUUUUGAGGAUGAGUAUGCUGUGACAAAGUGACAGAUUACAUGUACGUCUCCCUUCAACAUGGAAAACGGUGGUGAUGACAAAACCCAGCAUGGGGGCAGUAAUUCAGUGGUGGCUGGAGGUGACCAGAGCAGUGGCCCAGGAUCUUCUCCUGACCAGGCAGAUGACCAUGAAGAUGUGGUCAAUGUCCACCAGUUCUAUCCUGAAAUCGACAUCUUGACAUCCACUGUCAUAUCGGACAGCAAUGUGGCAGAGACGGAGGAUUACAGGUUUGGUAUUGAAGAGUUACCUGCCCGCAGCUCUGCGUCACCCAGUCAUGAAUUAGUCCCAGUAAGUGAGACUAAUGAAGACAAUGAAAAUGGAACAAAAAAGGCAGACGAAAGUGAGGCAGAAUCGCAAGAUGUUGACCAAAGAACUGCUGAGAAAGAAGAUGAAGGCAGAUGUGGUACCAAAAAGAAUAUGGAUUUCUUUGGUGGUUUGGUGGAAUAUACGGCCAACGCUGUGGAUGACCACAAUAAUUCUGCUGGCAGGUCAAAGGCUGGUCGUGUAGAUAGGUUCCCAGCCACACAACGUUUCCAGGAGUUUGAGGAAGUUGUGGGUACAACAGAGAGAUAUACCUCCCCUGACCUGGACAUGGCUCUUAUUAUCAACACCAAAGCUGAAGAACACUUCAUGAAGGCCAUGCAGUGUAAGGAGGAAGGAGACCUCCAGCGGGCCAUCCAGUUGAUCGGCAAAGACAUGAUUCUUCAGCGUGACCAGCCUCGCCACUUUGUGGAGAAAGCAGAGAUGUUCCUCGAACUCUGCGACUUCCAGUCCGCCAUUCUGAACUACAAGAAGGCUUGUUUUCUCGAGCCUAACAACACAGAGUUCUACAGUCGCCUGGCAUUCAUCUACUACUUUCAGGGACAAGUGUUUUUCGAUCAGCGGUUGUACGCGGAGGCACUGGAAUCCUUCUCGAGAGCUUCAGAAAUGCUACCAGAGAAAGUCGGUUUUCACACUAGAAGCAUUGCCUGCUUGGCAGCCUUACAGCGACACGGGGAGUGCCUGUCAUUGGUGAAUCGUCAGUUGGAGGUGGACAAACAGAACCCCGACCUGUACGUCAUGAGGGCCAGGCUUCAUGAGAUGUUCAAUAAUAUGACCUUGUGCUAUUACGAUGUGAAGGACGCUCUGGCUCUGAAAUCAGAUCAUUCUGAAGCUCUUGUGCUGAAAAAGAAGCUUGAGGAAAAAGCUGAAGAAAACAAGCUACAAUCCAUGCAGCUGAGUAUUAUGGGAAAGCACAGAGAGGCCCUCCAGAAGAUGUGUGUUGCCAUGGAAAUGAACCCAGCUGUGGCAGAGUAUCAUGUACUAAGGGGUGCUCUUCACCGGAAGCUGGGUGACUUCAAUGCUGCCAUUGACGACUUUCUGUUAGCGCUGGACAAGACCGACCACAAAGAGGAUGAAGUGUAUGUUGACUCGCAGAGACAGCUGCUACUCACCUACAACGACUUUGCAGUGGAGUGUUUCACCAAGGGCUACUACGAGGAGGCCGUCAUUCUCCUCAACAAGGCUAUCAAGGGAGAGAAGCAGGAAAAGGGACUGUACAUCAACAGGGGAGACUGUUUCUUCCGGCAAGGGGAGCUAACUUUUGCCUUGCAAGACUACCACCAGGCGUUAGAGCUUGAUCGUCUGAACGAGGAUGUAAAGUCUCGCAUCUCCGUCAUUCACAGCGAGUUUGGGGUCCAAGCUUAUCACAACAAGAACUAUCCGGAGGCAGAAGCGAAGUUCAGCCUGGCCAUUCAGUACAACCCUCGUGUGGGUCAGUACUUCAUCACGCGCUCUCGGUGUCGCUACAUGCUGGAGGACAUGACAGGAGCGAGGACGGAUCUGGUGAUGGGACUUUUCCUGGACCCCACAAACGAGGAGAUCAUGUCCAUCUUUUCUCGUCUGUUCCCGGGGAAAUCCGUGGCGGAGGUCCGUGACAGUCCUCUGGGGCAGAGAACCCGUGAAGCCCUAGGGAAUCUGUGCCCUCUGGCCUCCCCCAUCCGCCUCCACCCUCUACCUCAAACACCUGCUCUCAUACCCAUGCCACAGGACUUCCAGUUGCAGCGGUCUCAUCCACUCAGUCGUGAUUCGGGGACAGGCAAACCCAGCACGGGGUUAGAUGACCCUCCAGACAGGUCAACCCUUAAAACACCAGCUCUUAACACCUCUAUUACUGCCCAAAAGAAAAAGAUAAAACAAGAAGUGAAAAUGGUGUUACAUGACCGUAAAUCUUUGAAGUAUGAUGGACCGCGCCUGAAGCCACUUCCACCGCCAUCUACCCAGAAGUCAAAGGGAGGUAAAGAGAAGGUAGCAGUUGACAUGCUGAAGCCAAAAGGCAGUACAAACUGGCGCAAGUUCAACCUUGGCAUCGGCAGCCUUACCGCUCUGUGAUUCACAGUGAUUAGAUGUUUAACGAAUCUCAAGCAUGCAGCGUAUCUGUGAUAAGUGGUGUGACGACAUCAUCAAACCUGUGCAACUGGGGGGAAGUAGUUGUCUUAGUCAGUCAAAUCAAG